AUGGCGGUCGUCGUUGAACAAACCAUUCCUUUUGCAAGGGAACAGCUCGAUACCGAGAACACCACGAGAUGGAACACACUAUACCCAUUGAUCCGACCUUCCAUCAAGGCACUAAAGACCAAAUCAGGCCAGACAGUGCUUGUAGAUCAGACACUUGCGGACGACAAAUUCGUCAGAGUCGUCGUGAUUGGCAAGGCUGGCAACUUUUCGAGCAAAUUGCUCUCGGACAAGCACAUCACCGCUGUUGUCACCGACUGCGAAAGCGGUAGCGAAUGUUCGAGCAAAGACCUUGUGAAGGCGAUCAACGAGGCCGGACAUCAGCAACAAGCCGGCAUAGUCAUCCUGAGGUCGGGUCAACAGAGGAGUUUGACCAGGGUUGAGGACGAACUGGUUGAGGUUGGACUCGCGGACGAUCUGGAUGUAGAUCAUCUGAUUCAUCUCCUUGGAGCUACCACGGAUGCAACAAGAUCUUCGAUUGAGACAACAUACGAAGUGCUGAAGAACUUCCUCAACACCUCGACGACCGUGACUGCGAGGUUCCAGACAGGAAAGGAAGGUGGUCGACCAGCGAUAUCCAACCCCGAGGGGCAAUCCAGUGGUUACGAAGAAGCAAGACAUGCUAUUCAAGAGGCACUAGAACAGGCCAUGCGACCACACGCCAAGCAGAAGGACGGCAUCACCCACUCCGUGCAUUAUUCAGACAUCAAUGGUCUCUCACGAUUGGAGAACUAUAUCCUUGGCUUAGAGAUCGCGACUUACCUNCAUCAGAACCUGGAAGCUCAACCUGAACCAACAAAUCCCCUUGCCGACGAAACCACCGAAGGUAGCAACCUGACCAAAGUCGAUUCGCGAUACAUGAAGUUCACCGAUCACGCAGUACGCAGCCGUAUCGAAAACGGAUGCGAUGCAGUGAUCAAAGAAGAAGCGACCAUCACUCGAUACGAUGAAAUCGUCGGCGAUGGCGAUUGUGGCUACACACUCCGCGACGGCGCUAAACAAGUCCUCAAGUUCAUUGCAAACAGGAAUCUCUCAGAGCUGCCCCAGACACUUAGUGAGCUUGUGCACGAUCUUGAGGUGAACAUGGGAGGCACAUCUGGGGCGCUGUAUUGCAUCUUCUUGACUUCGCUGUCAUCGGCUCUGGCUUCGACUGAAUCUGUGGCAACGGCGCUUUCUGUUGCCAUGGAGCAGUUGCUGAACUACACGCGAGCAAGACUAGGUGACAGAACUAUGUUGGACUGUCUGAUUCCAUUUGUCGAGACCUUGAAGUCGACUGGAGACGUUAAAACAGCUCUUGCCGAAGCAGAGAGAGGAGUGGAAAGCACAAAGAAUCUCGAGGCCAAGCUCGGAAGAAGCACGUACUUGGAUGAGAGCGCGACUAGGGGUGUGCCGGAUCCUGGUGCUUAUGGCUUGCUUGUGUUGUUGAAAGGCAUGAGUGUUACCGAGUAG